AAGUUCCCGUUAAUAUUACGAGGAAGUAAAUAUUACGGAUGAUCGGGAGAGGUACACCUGGAAUUUAAUGAAUGGCAUAAGUCGUGGUUCCCACUUUUAAAUGCCCAAAGUGUUGCAGUUGCAUAGCACCCAAGUCAGCCCUGAGCAAAUACCUGUGUUGAUAAUGAAUCCUGCCUCUCCUUUUGCUAUUUUCUCUCUGUACCGACAAAUGAUUCGUAAAGCAAGGACACUUUCUUACACUGACAAGAACUUUUAUCUGCAUAGAAUUCGAAAGGAAUUUGAUAAGAACAAAUCUAUCACUGAUCCUCAUGAGCUACAGCGCUCUCUUGAGAAGGGCAAAGCAUUUUUGCGUCGUGACAGACUUCUGUGAGGGAAUCCAGUAAAAGAAAUAUUGAUUAAUUUGGAAAUAGUCUUUCUAAAUAUUUUCCUCCUUAGCUGAAGCAACCUUUACUGGAAAAUGUUAGCAACAAAACUAUUGGGUGAUUUGGUUUUAUCUUCUCACCCAUCCCACCAUCACUCAAUAAUUUUAAACCAAACAAUUGCAAAAUUCUCUCUACUGAUACAUAGAUGCCUAUGAGCUCUUAAGUUCAAUUUUAGUUCAUCCAUGUGAUAUAAAUAUAUAUCAUCAUCGUCAUAUAUACACACACACACACAUAUAUAUAUAUGCAUGUAUAUACAUAUAUAUGUAUAUGUGUUCAUGUGUAUAUGAUGAUGAUGAUGUACAUAUUUAUGUAUAUGAUAUACGCACUUGUUAACUAGGCAUUAACAUUUUAGUUCAUCUAAAAUAUUUAACUGCAAAAAUGGUUUGAACUGUGUUAAACUCUAAUUUGCAUAAAAGUGCAUAUGAUGGUAACAUAGAUGAGUAAUUAAUAGUGCACUACUAAAAAUAAUUGAAGUAAUUACUUGACUAACUGAUUUAGUUGAGUCUUAGUUUGUAUACCAUAAAUAGCCAUAAGCUACACAUUUCUCUCUGGACAGAGGAUGGGUACUCUACCUCUGGUGAAGGUCACUGACAACUAAAAACUAGUCAAUCUAGCUUCUGUUGCCCAAGGUGAGAUAAAACUUGUGUAACUAUUUUGUCAUUUUUCACAAGACUAAAAUUGUGUUUAUUUAAAAAAAGGCAUACAUAUUCAUCAUCAUCAUUGUACAUCCGCUUUCCAUGCUGGCAUGGGUUGGAUGGGUUGCCAUAGCCAUUUCUUAUUGGGAGCCGCUAACUUACAUAGACUGGUGUUUGCACACGGCACUGGCUUGCUUUCUGUGGCUGAAUGCUCUUCAUUUCAGUAACUACUUUAGGGAGUGUUAGGGUUAGGAUUACGUUAGAGAAGUUGAAAGAAAGACCUUGGAACCUUUCACAUUCUCCUUUCAUUUGCUAACCAGUGUACUCUCAAUUAAUUAAGGAGUAAUUAAAGACAAAAUCUUUCUGCCUUGAUGUAUGUGUGUGUUUGUCACUAUCUCUUUAUCUAGCCAUCUUUCAGCUCGACUUUAAUAUUUAAUUAAGCACUUAUCAGUUAUGACUGUACUCCUGGUGCUACCUCUGUAUGAUGCGACAAAGAGCUGAAUAAUUUUUACUGAGUUAGGGAAAUCUAAAUUGUUGUGGUUUGGAAUAUAUAUAUAUAAUAAACCAAUGUGCCUUCCUAAUUGUCACUGAUAGGUGAAAGUUACUGGUAACUUCAACAGAGCCUUGAAAGAAUGUUCACAUAGCAAGGCUGUUGUGAAGACCAGCACGGUUUUUUUUGAUGGUUGUGAAUUUUGUGCCAGAGCAAUGAGUCUGUAUGUUUGAGUUUCUGCUUACAAUAGAAUCUAGGGAUAGAAAAUCAACAGUAAUUAUGAAAAAAUAUUUCUAACCUGUUUAGUAAAAAUUAAAUGUUAAGAUUCCGUUAAAGUGAUCCAGAUAUUGUUAUUACAGAGAUUUCAUGUCCAAGAUUUUGAAACCAUAUUUGACAAACUUAUGAUUCAAAUGAUGUUGAUACUUUUUUUUUCUGUUUUUACAUAGCUGUAUGCUCCUGGGGUUUUGAUAAAGGACUUUUUUGGAAGUAAGAUUUUGAUUUUGGUUAGAGUUGUUUUUUAAAAUAUUGACUUUCUCUAAGAGAACUCUUUAAACUGUCUGUGAUAUUUCUAAUACACUACCUAGGUGUUUGAAUUCAUAUUAGAAAUAAUCAUGAACUUGGUGGGAUUUAGUGAAAUAGCUAACUUUAUCAAGAAGGUAGUGCCAGGAUUAUAGCAAAAGAUUCUUAAAUUUAAAUCAACAAAAAAUUCUUAAAUUUAAAUCAUGGCAAGAAGUUUAAAAUUUAAUAUGAACACUUUUAAAAAGGAAAUAUAUAAGACCUAGUAGUUGUUACAACUGAGUUUAAAUCAAAGGGUUAAGCAGAAUCUCAUGUGGCGACCCAGCAAUAAAUGAUGUUACAGUUUUGAACUUCUCACUUAAUCCUGUCUUUUUUUUUUUGUUCUAACCAGCACAAGCCUUAAUCUUUUGAAAUAAAAUAACUCUAUUAUCAAUUUCA